AUGGGUUGCUGCGGAGAUCGAGAAAAGGGACCGGUGUCGGUGGAAGAAAGAUGGGAAUACAUUAACCUCGACGAUUUCAAGUCGAAUUCCUGCCUCGCCCCGUUUUCCUAUUUCUUCCUCUAUGUCUUCCUUCUCGUCUCCAUCGCCGUCUAUGCGGUCGACUCCUUCACUGCCGUCAACCUGCUCGUGUUUUCCCGAUGGGCCGGUCAGAUCAAACCUGCCAUCCCUUUCCGGAUCUCGCGGUGGAUUUUUGCCAUCUGCAUCAUCAUUUCCUUCGUGCUGUUAUUCAUUCGCUGGAUGCGUGCGAUCCGCUCCAUUCGCUCGGGCAGCAUUGCUCAAAGUUACCUCGACCCCUUAGCCGUCCGUGUGCAAUGUAUUCGGCCGGGCAAACGUGGUCGCGGAUGGAGAAGGUUCCUUGUUUUCGCCGAAUUGACCAAGAGUAAACAGGGCGCGGAGUACGUCGCGCUGUUCGCAUACUUCUCCUUCAACUCCUGGUUGAACGUUAUUUUUGCCGACGGGCCUCGCCAAGUCGUCAACGCCAUUACUUUGUACUCCGUCAUGAAACUGGAUCUGCUUCCCGGGGGUGCAGAUGCGACAUCCAAAAGCUCGUCUUCGAUUUUGCAGUUCUUCGACAACAUCAAGAUUCUCGCCGAAGAAAAUGACGAGCAAGCCUUGGUCCUGUUCGGCAUGCUCUUCACCCUCAUCAUCUGGGUCUUCUCUGUCCUCAAACUCGCCUUGGCCAUCAUCCUGUAUCUUAUCUUUUUGUUUCACCAUAUACCUUCGGAAGAUGGUAGCAUUAAAGCCUAUUGCCGCCGCAAGAUCAACACCCGCCUCAAGAGGAUCGUCAGGCAAAAGGUGGACAAGGCCCUUAACAAGGGAGUGGCUCUGCAGACUCGCAAGACCAAAGACCCUAUUCCGGAUGCGAUGGACCGCAAACCCACCCUGCCCAACUUCGGCGACUCAGACAUGAAUAAAAUGCCGAACGUGUCUCUGUCCCGAACGACCACCCAGACGACUCUGCCUCCCUACUCGCGUCCGGGAACCGCCGCGCCGGAUCAGCGAUCUCUCCACAAGCAGGCAACGCUGCCAGAUAUUUCCUUGGCGGACGAAAAGCCACCCCUCUCGCGAACUAUCACCCAGUCAUCGGCCUAUUCCGAGUCUGCUUCGUUGACCGGCCAUGCGGCCACCAUGGGAUAUAGCCCCCUCGAUCGUCAGCAGACCUCUACCGCACCUCCGGUCCCAUCGCUGCCCAGCAACAGUCACCCCCCUCCGGUCCGGUCUCAUACACCACUAGCAAGACCCCCGACCACCGCGCCCCGGGCCACACCCGCUCCACAGGCAAUGGGAGAUCCAAUGCCCCCUCAUCCGGCCUACCGAGGCUCCAACGACGAGUACGACGAGUACGAAUCAUACCAUGCACACCAACCGUCACUAGAUUCCCAGGCGCCCUCGGAGUACUCAUCCUAUCGACCCUAUACCCCGGCGAAUGACCCGUAUUCGCGUUCGUUGACCCAUACGAUGGACACUCCAGCAGCCAACGGUGACUAUCCCGUGAGAUCAUAUACCCCGCUCAGCAGCGGCACGCCGCAACCGCCGAGCAUCAUUGCUGGAAUGGCCAACGGAUAUCCAGUUCGAUCCCACUCCCCUCUAAGUCAAAGUGGUACGCCUCGACCACCCACGCGCCUCGACUCUCCUGUUAACCAGAGAGGAACACCUCGCCCUCCAAUGCGUACGAACUCGCCUAGCCAGGGUGGAAUGGCUAAUCCGCCAAUGCGCGUCGGCUCUCCGGCUAACCAGAAUGGAAUGCCUCGUCCUCCCAUGCCCUCGGCUACUCGACUGUACAAUGCUCCGCGGGUUGCGUCCCCAUCGAAUGAGUCGAGUCACGGUGCGCCGCAGUUCCGCGCGUACAAUCCGGAGGGAACCUCGCCGUACUAG